AUGCCGGGCCGAACAAAGAAGCCAGACGUGUCGGCGGUGUCGACAGACGUGAACAUGGAAGAUGCCCCACCAGCAGCUCAGCCGCAGGACACACAGGAUGCAAUCACGGACGAUGGCACGGCAGCGGCGGCAGAUGGCGAUGAGGAGGAAGAGGAAGAGGAAGAGGAGCUCCAACGUGUGAAGAUUCUCCCUGGCUCGACAGAUACUGCGGCCUCAUUUCAGUUUACCGAUGAAGGGCACACAUUAGGAAAUGCGCUGAGAUAUAUCAUCAUGAAAAACCCCGACGUUGAGUUCUGCGCCUACUCGAUUCCUCAUCCCUCCGAACCCAAGAUGAACAUUAGAAUACAAACUUACGAGGGUACGGCGGUGGAUGCACUGAAAAAGGGGCUCGUUGACUUGCAGGACGUAUGCGACGUCGUGGCCGACGAGUUCUGGACGAAGAGGGAUGCAUACAAGGCCACGCUGGUCUGA